GUCCCCGCCCUCUCUGGAGGGAGGGGCGGGGCCCGGCCGGCCGAGGGGCGGGGCCUCGGGCCAGGGGGCGGGGCGCGCGGGAGGGGGCGCCGGGCUAACUGCGCGCGACUCCCGUCCCCGCCCUCGGUAAAUCUCUUUCCCUGAAAGCUCACUGGGCGCCGCCGGGAAGGUGGGUGUGGCGAGAGGACGUGACGGCAGCGGCAGCCAAUGAAAGCGAAGCAAGGACUCCCCUCCGCGAGGGUCAGCCAAUGAAAAGAUGAGUAAGUGUCUUCUGUGGACCACAAGGAAUCGUGCCUGUGAGAAGCCAGUGUGGAAAUGUCCCCGUGUCCCCUGCUGCGGGCGCACCACUGGAUGCCUGCGGACUGUGGAAGGGGCAGCCAGCACCGGUCAGAAGACGGAGGCUUGCGCCCACGUCAAGGGACUCGCAGCCGAAAGCUUUCUAGUGAUGUGGGAUUUGUGAAGACUGCACGAAGUCUGCCAAGCUGCCCAGGAUUUAAAAAAAAAAAAAAAAAGCUGGUUUAAAAUCUUCUCUGAGACCGGAGAGCAUAAUGGCCACAUCGCCACCACAGUGCCCGUUAGGCAGAAGACAGGGUGAUUGGCAGCAUGGAAUUUGAAGACAGAGGAUAAGACUCAGGAACAGUCCAAAGGAGGAGAUGCAUAGACAAGAUGUGGGGGGAACAUCUUGAAGACAGUUGCAUUGGGUCAGAUGUUGUCCUUGUGUAUAUGUGGGACGGCCAUUACCAGCCAGUACCUGGCAGAAAAAUACAGAGUAAACACGCCCAUGCUUCAGAGCUUUAUCAACUAUUGCCUGCUGCUUCUGUUUUAUACGGUGAUGCUGGCAUUCCAGUCAGGUAGUGAUAACCUUCUGCACAUCUUGAAGAGAAAAUGGUGGAAGUACGUCCUGCUUGGACUAGCGGACGUGGAAGCCAAUUACCUGAUUGUCAAAGCAUACCAGUAUACGACUCUAACCAGUGUCCAGCUUUUGGACUGCUUUGGGAUUCCUGUGUUGAUGGCGCUCUCGUGGUUUGUUCUCUAUGCAAGAUACAGAGUGAUCCACUUGAUUGCUGUAGCUGUCUGUCUGCUGGGCGUGGGGACGAUGGUCGGUGCCGACAUACUCGCAGGGAGAGAAGACAAUUCAGGUAGUGACGUGCUGAUUGGUGACAUCUUGGUCCUUCUUGGAGCUUCUCUCUAUGCUGUUUCUAACGUGUGUGAAGAGUAUAUCGUGAAGAAGCUGAGCAGGCAGGAGUUUUUAGGAAUGGUGGGCCUAUUCGGAACCAUUAUCAGCGGCAUACAGCUAUCGAUCGUUGAAUGUAAGGAUAUUGCCAGCAUUCAGUGGGACUGGAAAAUCGUUUUCGGGGCUCUACCUCCUGUCCUUCACCGUCAUCAUGGUGGGGUUCGUCCUCUACUGCUCCACCCCCACGCGCACAGCCGAGCCGGCAGAGAGCAGCGUGCCGCCCAUCACCAGCAUCGGAAUCGACAACCUAGGACUAAAGCUCGAGGAGAACCUGCAGGAGACCCCCUCGGCCGCCUUGUAGCUGGACAAGAAGGGGUGCACACGCCUGAGGCUUCCUGGGAAGCCAGGAGCCGUCGCCAGGGGCAAGCAGAGCCUGCUGAGCACCGAGGGGACACUUGGAAAAUUGGUAGGUGGGGAGUGAGCCCCGUAGCAUUGGACUGGAUCCGGUGGUUAAAUUUUACAAAGGAAUACAAAAUAAUGUAUCAAAAGUAGAAAUAUGAAAAUAGAACAGAAGACAGGGUGGCUGGGAUCGUGUCUCUGUUUGAGAACCAAUAUCUGUUAGCGUCAGGGAGACAAGCUGUGCCCCCGUACUGGGGUCUCGGAGGCACAGGUGGGAGAGCAUCGGGGGGAGACAACCAGGCACGAUCCAGCCUCAGGACAGGGCCUGAAAGUGGGCUGUCCAGCUGGGCUGGGCAGUCAGAAGUUGGGGGAGUCGGUGUGGUUUGGGGUAGGUUUCCACAGCUAGAGGCUUCUGGGUUUUGUCUCGCUUGAGACACUCGUUGUCCACAAGCCUUGUGGCCUUCAUACCACAGUGAGGUCUGGUGAUUGCAUAUGGCGGCCUGGGUGGGGUAGCCCUUGAGAAAUCCCGAGAUACAAGUGUGAGUAUCGUAGAUGUAGGAAAGAAGGGUCCAUACAGUAGACUGAGGAACCCUCUCUCCGUUGUUCAAAGAGGAUGCCACACUACUUCUCACCAAGUGUUUGUAACGUGCCAUGAGACAUCAACUACCACUAUGCCACUUUACAACAACUCUGUAUGUAAACUUUUUUCUAAUGUAAUAAAGAAAUUGAGGGUAAAUGUUCAUGUUAUUAAAAGAUUUUGAUUUCAUGGAAA